UAAUCCUGCCGUGUCACUCAGUUACUCAGCGUGCUAGUCUCAUUGAGGAGCUGGUGGGUUUGCGCAUGCGUGGUCCUGCCGCUCCCUACCGGCUUCUGCAGCGUUGAACUACUUUAGCCCUCUUUUUCAUAUAGGCACCAAAUAACCAGGAAUAAAACCCACAUAGCUCGUUGACACAUGCAGCAUGGCGGCUAUAUUUGGAAAGAUCCUCAUCGGCAUCUACGUGGAAAUCAAAAGAAGCGACGGACGAAUACACCAGGCCAUGGUCACAUCGCUUAAUGAAGACAAUGACAGCGUCACUGUGGAGUGGAUCGAAAAUGGAGACACAAAAGGCAAAGAGAUAGACCUGGAGAGCAUUUUUGCACUAAAUCCAGACCUAGCACCUGAAGAAGAGAUUGCACAAAGCCCAGAGACCCCGCCCCCAACUGUGUCAAGUUCUGUUAAAGUGAACAAGAUACCCACAAAUAAGAAUCGACGCACAAUAGCACCGCCUAAGAAUGAAACACCUGCAAAGGAAAACCGAGUCAUAGGUACAACGAGAACACGGCCAAGCCAGCAGGUGGAACAAGCGCCUAGUGCUCCAGCUCCUCCUCCUAUCCAGCACCAGACACUGCAGCAGAACGCUCGCAAGAAGUCAAACUGUGUAAAGGAGGUGGAGAAACUGCAGGAGAAGAGGGAGAGGAGGCGCAUGCAGCAGCAGGAGCUCAAAGAGAAGAGAGCACAGGAAGUAGAUGCAGCAACUCCUAAUGAUGAAAUUAUGUGCAUGAUCCGAGACUUCAGAGCCAGUCUGGACUACAGGCCAUUGACUAAUGCUCAUAUGAUUGAAGAGCACAGUAUAUGUGUGUGUGUCCGUGCGCGGCCACUGAACAAAAAAGAGAUGAGCUUGAGGGAUCUAGAUGUCAUCACAAUUCCCAGUAAAGACGUUGUCAUGGUACACGAACCAAAACAAAAAGUGGACUUAACGAGAUACCUCGAGAACCAGACCUUCCGCUUUGAUUAUGCAUUCAAUGAUACCACCACAAAUGAAAUGGUUUACAGGUUUACUGCCCGGCCGCUUGUAGAGACCAUAUUCGAGAGGGGGAUGGCUACGUGCUUUGCCUACGGACAAACAGGAAGUGGUAAAACUCAUACAAUGGGUGGAGAUUUUUCUGGAAAAAAUCAGGAUUGCUCUAAAGGGAUCUACGCACUGGCAGCACGAGAUGUUUUUCUAAUGCUGAAGAAGCCAAACUACAAGAAAUUAGACCUCCAAAUUUACGCCACCUUCUUUGAAAUUUACAGUGGAAAGGUGUUUGACCUGCUGAACAGGAAGGCGAAGCUGCGAGUUUUGGAGGAUGGCAAGCAGCAGGUGCAAGUUGUAGGACUGCAGGAACGAGAGGUUCAUUGUACCGAGGACGUCCUCAAGCUCAUAGAAAUGGGCAACAGUUGCAGGACAUCUGGACAGACCUCAGCCAACGCACACUCAUCUCGCAGCCACGCCGUAUUCCAGAUCAUUCUGCGAAGGAGAGGCAAAAUGCAUGGCAAAUUUUCCCUCAUAGACUUGGCAGGCAAUGAACGAGGGGCGGACACAUCCAGCGCCGACCGCCAGACUCGCCUCGAAGGGGCUGAGAUCAAUAAAAGUUUACUGGCUUUGAAGGAAUGCAUCAGAGCCUUGGGCCGCAACAAGCCUCACACUCCGUUCCGAGCCAGUAAGCUCACACAGGUUCUGCGAGACUCUUUCAUUGGUGAGAAUUCGCGAACAUGCAUGAUUGCCACCAUCUCUCCAGGCAUGGCAUCUUGUGAAAACACCUUGAAUACACUGAGAUAUGCCAACAGAGUGAAGGAGUUUGGGAUAAGCCCUUCAGACAUCCCCUUCUCCCAGGGGGGAAGCGGCCGCUCUGAACUCUCCCCUACCUAUGAGUACGAUGACUUUGCUUCCUCAUCCAACAGAGUAAAGGAGCUAACUAUCAACCCGGGUGCAGUAGGCAGAACAGGUGGGGGCCAUCAAGUAAGCCAGCUGGACGUGUUGGAGCCACAGUGGGGAGUGGGCAGCUCUCCUCAGAGAGACGAUCUUAAACUGCUGUGUGAACAAAAUGAGGAGGAGGUCUCUCCACAGCUUUUCACCUUCCAUGAGGCCGUGUCUCAGAUGGUGGAGAUGGAGGAGCAGGUUCUGGAGGACCACAAAGCUGUGUUUCAGGAAUCUAUACACUGGCUAGAAGAUGAGAAAGUUCUUAUAGAAAUGACUGAGGAAGUGGACUAUGAUGUGGACUCUUACGCAACACAGCUGGAGCAAAUUUUGGAUCAGAAGAUUGAAAUCUUAACAGAGCUCAGAGAUAAAGUGAAGUCAUUCAGGUCUGCACUUCAGGAGGAGGAACAAGCCAGUAAGCAGAUCGACCCCAAACGGCUCUCUAACAACCCCAGAGCUCUCUAACACUGGGAGCUUGCUCAAAAGAGGAUGAAAAAAGUGGCUAAAAGAGGACACUGCAGAUCUCUGUGUUUUCAGCAUUGCACCCUCAUCUAACUGAAACUACGAGUGUCUUUUAAAUUUUAAAGCAUUUUUAGCCUAAUUGUAUAGUAUUAAACAAAUUCCAGUUCUAACUAAAAGUAAAUUUUAUAACACCAUACAAUUUAAUAAUGGCCACGAUGCAAUGUAAAAGAAAGACUGAACAAUUGUGAAAAGAGAGUUUGAAAAAAUUGCAUGUGCACAGUGGCAACCAUCAUACACUCUCUUAUACCUGCACUCACCUGUGUAUAAAAUAUGUUUUUCACUGAAUACGGCUGCUUUAAAAGGUGUACUGAUGCUUCGAUUUAUGUAAAAGUGGCCUUCAAUUUGGGUUGCAAAAUUCUGGGAAUUUUCAAGACUGGAAACUUUCCAUUGGAAUUAAUGGGAACUAUGAAAAAAUGAAUUUACAAAAUUGCAGGUUCGCAUAUAACAGAGAACCUAAAUGUAGUUGAAAGUAGCUAGCCAGCCAGUAAAUCAGAUAUGCUAAAUGUAAGCUAUCAAUUUUAUUGACAAUUUAUGCGGCUAGCUAGCUCAAGCUGUGGUGCUCUUUCUUCUACCUACAGCUAGCUAGUUUUCUGUAAUCAUACAUAAGUACAGUACUGGCCAAUGUUUGUGCACAUCACUAUUUUUAAUGUUUUUAAAAGAAGCCGUUUAUGGAUGUGGUGAGGGAAGACAUGCAAGUAGUUGGAUUGAAAGAGGCAGAUGUAGAGGACAAGGGGGUAUGGAGACAGAUGAUCCGCUGUGGCGUCCCCUAAUGGGAGAAGCCGAAAGAAGAAGAAGAAAAUAAGUCUCUUAUACUCAUCAAACCUGCAUUUAUUUGAUCAAAAAUACAGAACAAAACAGUAAUAUUGUGAAAUACAUAUUAAGAAAUCUCUAUAAUUGUUUUACUUACAAUUCAGUCAAAAAUUUAUUUUUUAAUCUGUAUUAGUUUGCAUGCAUGCAAGCUUCUGACCAAACAAAAUGUUUGUAAAUGAUUUAGUUUAUCUACAUUUCCCUAAAUUUCUAAUUCCAUACAAUUCUAGUAAGUUUCCAAUGUGGAAUAUUUUGGAAAUUCCCCAGAUUACUUUUCCAUGGAAAUUUUCCAGAAAGUUUUCUGAAAUUUACUGGAUAUUUUAAGCCCCUUUCCAACCCAACAUGUACCUUUAAUGUGAAGUCCUUUAAAGAUAUACAGAGAAAAAGAGGCCAAACUGCAGAAUAUUAAACAUAAUGUACUCUCCAUAUUGGCCACAGCACUGCACAUGAUGCAAAUUGAAAUCUCAGCCGUGUGCCAAUAUGCUGUAGAACUUGAGUAAUGAACUUGAGACUGAGGAACAAGAGUUUUCACCAGGCUGCCAAUUAUACAGUUGUUGGUUUUUUUUUUUGUUUUUUUCCAGAGACAUAGAGAUAGAGUCCAUAUAUAAUCCUUUAAUGAGUUUAACAGACACCACUUCCUGUUUGGGCCACACCCACUUAAGAAAUACAUCAGAUUUCAAAUUUAAAAAAUUUUGUUUUAACAAUAUUUAUAUAUAUGCAGGUUCAAUGUAACCAGCUGUACAUUAUAUGAUCUCUUUAGCAAGCACAAUUCUUAUCUCAUUUUCAGCUCGUGUUCACACUGAUUUUAUUAUAAGGCCUGUGUGACUGUGUGUUUUGGAUACACAGUCUCUCUGCGUCUCAUUUCUUUUAACCACACAUUUCUUAGUCAAAUAAGCUUUUUUAUUUUUUUUAUUUUAUGUUUUAGAAUUAAAAGACUAUAGACAAGGCCCACUCAUUGCUCUCAUGUUCACCCUGCUCUAACACAUCUGAGAUUUAAUACAGAUUCAUAAACUAAAAUUAAAAACCAUGACUGACAUAACAUUGUCACUUGGAUAUUAAAAAAAAGAGUAAAAGAAAUAAGCAUCAUUAUAAUCAAUCUGAGUAAAUAGCGAGUAUGAAGUGGGCAUUCUGAUUGCAGCUGUUACUGUUUUUACCAGUUUAAUGUUUAAUGUCUUUUUGUCUGUUUUUGUAGCUUCUAAUUUUAUAUGAACAGAUGUCUAAUGUGUGUGCACUGCUGUCCUUUAUGCUGUCAGUUAUGUCCUGCUGACCUAAGCUUGUUUUACUCACACACAUGCACACACUCCCCCUUCAUGGUGUGAUGUGGCCCUCAAGCAGCACUGCACCUAGAGAAUAGUUAAGCACAUAAGUGUGAAAACAAUGAAACCAUUCAGCAACCAGGGAGGGUAUGGGUGCCCAGGGCCAGGAAGAGCAUUCAUACACUUAGACACUCGUUAAAAGUGUUUCGUGUGGGGCAAGAAAUUAUCCCAUCCCUCCCACCCAGAAAGAACCCAGAGUCUAGAGAAUUCUGCUCUCCUGGACUCUAGACUAAUAACCAUAUACAUACGCACUAAUCCCUGAAUUGCGCUAUAAAAAAGUAUUAAUUUUUUACAUUCAGUUAGCAGUCAUUUAAUGUAAAGUAAACGUAACAUGUUCAUUUACAUGUCGCAAUAUUUGACUACCUAUCCAUUCAGGAACAGGGCAUCUGCAUGCGCAAACUGCACCACGUCAUGCAGAGAGGUUGUUAUUCUCUUCUGUUAUCCACCUAAAUAUGUAUUACAUUUGAAAGCUGAUUAAAAAAUAAAAGAGAGAAACACUUGAUCCAGAGUAGCUGGUGCAGCGCGAACAUUGUGGCAUUGAGUGUAUGUUGUGAGAGAGCACGUAUGUAUGUGUAUGAAUGUGCACAUCUGAUGUUUUGCUGAUGUAAAAAAUAAAGAAAUCCAUAAUGACUGGA